UGAUACAAUUGUACCCGCUAGCCUUCGGCUUCGUCUACCAGUGCUAUCCGUAACCGCUCGCUUCUCAGCCAUCCACCUUUGGUAAGGCAUAAAGCCUCUCCACCCCACCGCUGCCUGCCCUCCGGUCCGCUCUUUAUCAACAAUGGCUGCUGUCGUUGCAUCUCAUCACGCUGGUCUUUGGCAACGCCGAACUGACCAACCCAUCCACAUCCCAGCCAUGAAUAUGUCGGGCAUGAUGUCCUCAUACGACAACUCGUCUAGGACUGUCACCAAUCCACCAACAUCGAGAACCUUCCAGGCAACCGCCGCUCAUAUGGACAUCAGCAUGCCUUUAUUUUCCGCUCACACUCUGACCACUUCCGUGCCCUAUCAGUCCGGCGCGUUUGCAUUCGACUCACUUUCGGUAAACCCAUAUAACAUGCAGACCACCUUCAACUAUCCACCGACACUUUCCCACGCUGUUACAUACCAAGGAACUACGGAUUUGCAGCCCCUCCCCACGGUACGCGAGGCCCGGAACGGUUUCCCAAUGGAGAGGACCCCGCCCGUAAAGUCAGAGACGAACUCCCCUAUUCAGCCUAACCAACUGUACCACGAUUCUUCUUACAGUGAGCAGAGCUCCGAGCCUACUGAAAACAGCAGUGGUAUCAAUUUCGCUACGGAUGUGGACACCCUGAUGAGAGCGAUUCAGGCCAAGUCAAAGCAGCCUGCUCCUCCACCACGACCUCAGCCAAAGGAGGAUGAGGCUAAAAACGGAAAGCCAAAGAAGAGGUAUCAAUGCAGCAUGCCAAACUGCAACAAGAGCUUCUACCAGAAGACUCACCUCGAGAUCCACACUCGAGCUCACACUGGCGUGAAGCCUUUCUUAUGCAAAGAGCCGUCGUGCGGUCAACGAUUCUCUCAACUUGGAAAUCUCAAGACUCAUGAGAGGCGGCACACCGGUGAGAGGCCAUACAACUGCGACAUAUGUGGAAAGACGUUCGCACAGCGAGGCAACGUUCGUGCCCACAAGAUUGUUCAUCAGCAAAUCAAGCCGUUCACUUGUAAGCUCGAUGACUGCGGCAAACAGUUCACCCAGCUUGGUAACUUGAAGUCACACCAAAACAAGUUCCAUGCUACGACUCUCCGCUACCUGACCACAAAGUUCGCGUCUAUCCGCGAAGGUGACCAAGUAACUGCCCAGGACAAGGAGCUCUGGGAAUACUUCGCCGGAUUAUACAAGAAUUCCAACAAGGGUAUCAAAGGCCGAGGUAAGGAUAGGAGGAUAUCUGCUGCUCCAUCCUCGGCAGUUUCAAGUUCUUCCUCGUACACAUCGACUGCUACCGUAACCUCGGGACACCAAAAUUACUCUGGAUCAUUCCAGCACCCUGUUAGCGACCGCAGCAGCCGCUGCUCCUCCCUUUCGUCAGAUACUACCCAUAGAGCCAGCGAAGGCUACGACUUCAACGCUCCGAUGCAGGCUCGUUUCCAAGGCCAGCCACAUGACUACGACAACAUGGUCUUCCCUGACCGAAAGUUAUACUGAGGAUGGUUACAAAACCCGAAAAUUGUACAAAACAUACGACAGCGCUGGUUUACGAAACGUAUAUGAGACGAUAAUUACUGGAGUUUAUGGAACCGCUGGAUGGAGUUUGAUAGGGCGUACGAGCGUCACAGCCUGGAAGGGUGUUUGUUGCAUUGGGAGGGACUACUACUCUGGACCACAUGCGAGAUGCCACAAUUCUAGUGCAGAGAUGGGCAUCGUUUAUU